CAGGCGUGGCCUGGGUUCGACUUCAGCGGAACCCAGGUGCGGCCUGGUUCGACUUCGGCGCUUGGGUUCGACUUUGACGGAACCCAGCACGCCUAGGAUCCGUUGAACCCAGGCAUGCUGGAUGAAGAAGGCAAGGCAGUCGUUGGGUUUUUGCAGGUGGAUGAAGAUGAAGAAGGCAUAGGUGCUGGGUUCUUGCAGGUGCUAGGUUCGAAAGUGCUGGGUUUGAUUUUGAACCCAGGAGGCACUGGCUUCCGUUUCGAACCCAGCAACCGUUAGAUCCAUGGAUCUGUUGAGUUCCAUUUGUUUAUCAAUCUGUUGUUUGUUGGGUUCUGUUUCAAACUCAACAGUCGUUGGGUCCAUGGAUCUGUUGAGUUCGAUCUAUUUAUGGAUUUGUUAUCUGUUGUGUUAUCCUCGUAUUCUUGCAGGUGCUGAAUUCGAUUUCA